AUGGUCUUUUUGAAAUGUUCUUUUGUCAUUUUCUUCUUGGCUGCAGCUGCAAUUGAAAUGAUUGCUGGUAAAGGUGUGUGCUACGCUCCAUGGCACCACAAAACCGUUGACUUUUCAGUUGUCAAAGCAGACCUGACUGAAAUCAAGCAGUAUUUCUCAAGUUUUCGUACAUUUCAGGCCCAAUUUAGUGGUGUGAAUGUUAUUGAAGCUGCAGGUGCUGCAGGGUUAAAGGUUGCUGUUGGUGUGCAGUUAUCGGAUCCCUCAGCAAUCGAUUCGGAAAUUGCCGCUGUUUGCAAAGGCUACACAAGCAAUCCAGACGCGGUUGAGGCAGUUUACGUUGGCAACGAAAACCUUAAGAAUGGCGGUUUUGGGACAUUUUCGGCUGACCAACUAGUGGCCUACAUCAACAAGAUAAAAUCUUGUGUCGGCAGCGUUCCAGUCGGUUCAGUACAACGCAUCAAUGAGUGGCUUAGUGCCGAAGGAGUUGCGAUGCUUGAAGGAGCUUCGGACAUUAUUGGUGUUAAUAUUUACCCGUUUUUCACAAUUUCUGACCAAACGUCGAUCGAAAAGCUAAAGGCUCAAUGGAAGCAAAUGACGGACAAGUAUGACGUGAACAAACUCCGUUUGACCGAAACAGGUUGGCCGUCUAGCGGAGAGAACUAUCAAAGCAAUACACCGUCAAUUGAGACGAUGCAACAGUUUUUUAACGACUAUAUCAUAUGGUCAACGGGUCUGGGCCAGUCGUAUUGGUUCAUGAUGUACGAUACAACUAUCAGCUACACUGGCGCAGAGUACGAGAAGCACUUUGGUCUGUUUACCUCAAACGGUGAAAAGAAGAUAACAAUCACGAACAAUGGUGACACGGUGCAGACUAAUGUGACGACUACACCUGAAAUAUCGACGACUAAACCAUCUGUGUCUACAACUACGAAUGAUACAAGUGCGAGUAUUACUGCUGGAACUCCAGCUUCAACACAGAUAUCCACUCCCGUCGAUGACACCCCUACAUCUCCACCACCAACAGUCCCAUCUACCACUGAUACCUCAAUAUCGACUAAUGGAACUGAGAUUCCUUCGGAGAGUGUGACGCAAAAUGAAGCUGACUCAUUGGUAAGUAGAACAGCAACCAAGUGUAAUGUGGCUUUGCGUAAAUAG